AUGUAUAUAUGUAUAUAUGUAUCUAUCUAUCUAUCGUUUCGUCUGUUCAUAUCUAUAUAUUUAUCUAACUAUCUAUCUUUUAGUUUGCUCAUAUCUAUCUAUCUACCUUUUAGUCUGUUCAUAUCUAUCUAUCUAUCUUUUAGUCUGCUCAUAUCUAUCUAUCCAUUUAUCUAUCUUUUAGUCUCUUCAUAUCUAUCUAUCUAUCUAUCUUUUAUUCUGUUCAUAUCUAUCUAUCUUUUAGUUUGCCCAUAUCUAUCUAUCUAUCUAUCUAUCUAUCUACCUUUUAGUCUGUUCAUAUCUAUCUAUCUAUCUAUCUUUUUAUCUGCUUCUCUUCAUAUCUAUCUAUUUAUCUAUUUUUUUUAUCUCUUUUAUAUCUAUCUUCAUAUCUAUCUAUCUUUUAGUCUUCAUCUAUCUAUCUUUUUAGUCUGUUCAUAUCUAUCGAUCUAUCUUUUAGUCUCUUCAUCUAUCAAUAGUCUCUUCAUAUCUAUCUAUUAUCUAUCUUUUAGUCUCUUCAUAUCUAUCUAUCUAUCUUUUAAUCUCUUCAUAUCUAUCUAUCUUUUAGUCUCUUCAUAUCUAUCGAUCUAUCUUUUAUCUCUAUCUAUCUCUUUAGUCUAUAUCUAUCAAUCUCUUCAUAUCUAUCUAUCUUUUUAUCUUCUUCUAUCUAUCUAUCUAUCUAUCUAUCUAUCUAUCUAUCUAUCUUUUAAUCUCUUCAUAUCUAUCCAUCUAUCUUUUAGUCUCUUCAUAUCUAUCUAUCUAUCUUUUAGUCUCUUCAUCUAUCAAUCUAUCUUUUCUAUCUCUUCUAUCUAUCUAUCUAUCUAUCUUUUAUCUCUUCACAUCUAUCUAUCUAUCUUUUUAAUCUCUUCAUCUAUCUAUCUUUUAGUCUCUUCUAUCUAUCUAUCUAUCUUUAAAUCUCUUCAUAUCUAUCUAUCUUUUAUUUCUUCAUAUCUAUCUCUUCUAUCUAUCUAUCUAUCUCUAUUUUUAAUUUCUUCAUAUCUAUCUAUCUAUCUAUCUUUUAGUCUCUUCAUAUCUAUCGAUCUAUCUUUUAGUCUCUUCAUAUCUAUCUAUCUAUCUAUCUUUUAUUCUGUUCAUAUCUAUCUAUCUUUUAGUUUGCCCAUAUCUAUCUAUCUAUCUAUCUAUCUAUCUAUCUAUCUACCUUUUAGUCUGUUCAUAUCUAUCUAUCUAUCUAUCUUUUAUCUCUUCAUAUCUAUCUAUCUAUCUAUCUUUUAUCUGUUCAUAUCUAUCGAUCUAUCUUUUAGUCUCUUCAUAUCUAUCAAUCUUUUAGUCUCUUCAUAUCUAUCUAUCUAUCUAUCUUUUAGUCUCUUCAUAUCUAUCUAUCUAUCUUUUAAUCUCUUCAUAUCUAUCUAUCUUUUAUCUCUUCAUAUCUAUCUAUCUAUCUAUCUUUUAAUCUCUUCAUAUCUAUCUUUUAGUCUCUUCAUAUCUAUCGAUCUAUCUCUUAGUCUCUUCAUAUCUAUCAAUCUUUUAGUCUCUUCAUAUCUAUCUAUCUAUCUUUUAUCUCUUCGUAUCUAUCAAUCUUUUAGUCUCUUCAUAUCUAUCUAUCUAUCUAUCUAUCUAUCUAUCUAUCUAUCUAUCUAUCUUUUAAUCUCUUCAUAUCUAUCCAUCUAUCUUUUAUCUCUUCAUGUCUAUCAAUCUAUCUAUCUAUCUAUCUAUCUAUCUUUUAGUCUCUUCAUAUCUAUCUAUCUAUCUUUUAAUCUCUUCAUAUCUAUCUAUCUUUUAUCUCUUCAUAUCUAUCUAUCUAUCUUUAAAUCUCUUCAUAUCUAUCUAUCUUUUAGUCUGUUCAUAUCUAUCGAUCUAUCUUUUAGUCUCUUCAUAUCUAUCAAUCUUUUAGUUUCUUCAUAUCUAUCUAUCUAUCUAUCUAUCUAUCUAUCUAUCUAUCUAUCUUUUAAUUUCUUCAUAUCUAUCUAUCUAUCUUUUAGUCUCUUCAUAUCUAUCGAUCUAUCUUUUAGUCUCUUCAUAUCUAGCAAUCUUUUAGUCUCUUCAUAUCUAUCUAUCUAUCUAUCUAUCUAUCUAUCUAUCUAUCUUUUAGUCUCUUCAUAUCUAUCUAUCUAUCUUUUAAUCUCUUCAUAUCUAUCUAUCUCUCUUUUAUCUCUUCAUAUCUAUCUAUCUAUCUAUCUAUCUAUCUAUCUUUUAUCUCUUCAUAUCUAUCUAUCUAUCUAUCUAUUUAAUCGGCGGAAGUCACCCACACACUUGAUUUCACUAUCUAUCUAUCUAUCUAUCUAUCUAUCUAUCUAUCUAUCUAUCUACAACCAAUAUUCAAAUUACCGCAUCUAUCUAUCUAUCUAUCUAUCUAUCUAUCUAUCUAUCUAUCUAUCUAUCUAUCUCAGUCUUUUCAUAUCUAUCUAUCUAUCUAUCUAUCUAUCUAUCUAUCUAUCUAUCUGUCUGUCUGUCUGUCUGUUCAUAUCUAUCUAUCUGUCUAUCUAUCUAUCUAUCUAUCUCAGACUGUUCAUAUCUAUCUAUCUAUCUAUCUAUCUAUCUCUGUUCAUAUCUAUCUAUCUGUCUAUCUAUCUAUCUAUCUAUCUGUCUCAGUCUUUUCAUAUCUAUCUAUCUAUCGAUCUAUGUUCAUAUCUAUCUCUCUGCCUGUCUGUCUGUUCAUAUCUAUCUAUCUAUCUAUCUAUCUAUCUAUCUAUCUAUCUCUGUUCAUAUCUAUCUAUCUGUCUGUCUAUCUAUCUAUCUAUCUAUCUAUCUAUCUAUCUAUCUCAGUCUGAUCAUAUCUAUCUAUCUAUGUAUCUAUCUAGCUAG